AAUACAUCUUGAAAUAUUAAUCAAAGUUCAUACAGUUCGAAUGUCGGAAAGCGAAAAGUAUCAUAUAAAUUAGAAUAGAAGAAUGGAGUAUAUCAAAUUGCCCUUAAAUCUGUCCUAAAUCACAAGAUUGCCACCAGAGUCCUCCAUUAACUAGCACUAGCAUAACAGAACACACGCUUAUGAGCACAAACCUCUGUAAAAUGAUAUCAAUGCCCCUUUUCGUCUUUUCUUAAAAACUCCAAUCCAAUCCGAACUUAUUUGAAUUAAAUUUAGAUUGUAAUUUCUUCAAUCCGAAAAUCAAAAUUUUAUUAUCCAAUCCAACUUUGUCCUAAACCACUCCAUUUAACUGCCAUAGCAGCACAGAAGCAACAAGCACAACCUCUGUAAAAUGAAUAACCAAAUCAUUUCCUCAUACGGAAUAAUAAUCUUAUCUAUGCCCCUUUUCGUCAUUUCACUCCGAACAUGCAACAGCCCACCAGUCAACCCACAAACACUCCAAACCGAUCAACUAACAGUACUAAUCAACGGCUACUCCGAACACCGUAUCCCACUCCUCCAAUCAAUCGCCGCCACGUAUGCCGCCGCAUCCUCCGUCGCCGCCGUCGUCAUCCUCUGGUCAAACCCUACAACUCCGCCGCAAAUCCUCUCAGAUCUAACGAAAUCCCUUGCCACGUCAUCAACUCCGAUCUCUAUACUCCGUCAACGUUCGUCAAGCCUUAACCUCCGUUUCUACCCACACAAAUCGAUCACUACACGUGCGGUGCUUAUUUGUGAUGACGAUAUCGAACCCGACCCGGAUUCGAUUGAUUUUGCGUUUAAUGUGUGGAGAUCCGACCCGGAUAGGUUAGUCGGGUUCUUUGUGAGGUCACACAGCUAUGAUUUGAGUCAGAAAUCGUGGAUUUACACAAUGGAGAACAACAAGUAUUCGAUCGCGUUGACGAAAUUCAUGAUCCUGAACUUAAGGAGAAAGAAUUAUAAUAAUGUAUCAAUCUUGUAUAAAGUGUUUAAAAGGUGUUUAUACACAAAUAUAUCGGUUAACAAAUUCAAAAUAUCUUUUCUUAACAAAAUUUGGAUGAUCUUGAAAUUACAGUACCUUCACGAAUACACAUGCAAUAAAGAAUACGAAAAGCUGAGGGCAAAAGUGGAAGAAAAGAACAACUGCGAGGAUAUUUUAAUGAACUUUGUGGUGGCGGAGGAGGUGAAAAAGGGUCCGAUUUUGGUGGGUGCAAAGAGGGUGAGGGACUGGGGGGAUGCGAGGAACGAAGGCGGGGAAAUGGAGAAGAUGAAGGAAAGGGAAGUGGGUUUGAGUAGUAGAAAAAGGGAACAUAGGAAGAGAAGAGGAGAAUGCAUUGCUGAGUUUCAUAGGUUAUUGGGGAAGAUGCCAUUGAGGUAUAGUUAUGGGAAAGUGGUGGACUCCAUUGGAGAACAAGGUCUCUGUGAGAAAGGUGGCAAGUUGGUAUAUUGUGAUAGGCAGAUUUUCAGAUGAAAUGAAGGAAUUUCCAAUUUUCAUUUCAUUUUGUCAAAUUUAUUUUCUUUUCUAUUUUUUCAAUAAUGUAGAAGUCAACAAAGAUUUAGCAACUGCCUGUUUGCUGUGAAGCUUAUUGAACAAGACGACAUACAGUUUUUUCUAAGGAAAUUAUUGAAGAAUGCAGAUACCUACUACAGAGUGACUAUUACCCACUUUUGGAGAGAGGCAAUCAGUGCACAAAUUGGUUGGCAAAUGAAGGUCACGGACAUGUCGAAGAUUUUAUGGCUUGGAAGAAUGCAAUCAAGGAAAUAGAGUUUUGCUCCUUGCAGAUUUAAGUUGUGUAGCGUAUGAACGAGCUUAGAUCACUUUAGUACUUUACAAUACCUCCGCGAAUAGUCAUGCAACAAAGAAUACGCUGAUUUGAGGGCAAAAGUGAAAGAAAUGAACAACUGCGAGGACAUACUGAUGAACUUUGUAGUAGCAGAGGAGGUGAAAAAGGGUCCGAUUUUGGUGGAUGCGAAAAUGGUGAGGGUUUGGGGAGAUGCAAGGAACGAAGGCGGGGAAAUGGAGAAGAUGAAGGAGAGGGAAGCGGGUUUGAACAGUAGAAAAAGAGAGCAGAGAAUGUAUUAUUGAGUUUCAUGGUUUAUUGGGGAAGAUGCCAUUGAGGUAUAGCUAUGGGAGAGUGAUGGAUUCCAUUGGAGAACAAGGUCUUUGUGAGAAAGGUGGCAAGUUGGUGUAUUGUAAUAAGCAGAUUUUUAGAUGAUAAUGAAGGAACUUCGCAAUUUUCAUUUUGUCAAAUUUUCUUUCAUUUUGUAUUUCUUUUUCAAUAAUGUAAAACUUGAAAAAUACGUUGUACAGUUGCUGAUUGUUCAAAGCAUGACUUCUUCUUGAAUGAGAUCAAAUUCUAUUGUAGCAUAUUUUGAAAAUAAAA